GGCAAAAGCAAGAAAUGGCGGCAAAUGCUGCAGUUCCCCCACAUCAGCCUGUGCGAGGAGCUGCGGCGCAGCCUUGAGCGUGACUACCACAGCCUGUGCGAACGGCAGCCCAUCGGGCGCCUGCUGUUCCGCGAGUUCUGUGCAACGAGGCCUGAGCUGACCCGCUGUAUUGCCUUCCUGGAUGGGGUGGCUGAGUAUGAAGUGACCCCUGAUGAGAAGCGGAAGGCAUGUGGGCAGCGGCUAAUGCAGAAUUUUCUGAGCCACACGGGUCCUGACCUCAUCCCUGAGGUCCCCCGCCAGCUGGUGACUAACUGUGCCCAGCGGCUAGAGCAGGGGCCCUGCAAAGACCUCUUCCAGGAGCUCACCCGACUGACCCACGAGUACCUGAGUGUAGCCCCUUUUGCCGACUACCUCGACAGCAUCUACUUCAACCGUUUCCUGCAGUGGAAGUGGCUAGAAAGGCAGCCAGUGACCAAAAACACCUUCAGGCAGUACCGAGUCCUAGGCAAAGGCGGCUUUGGGGAGGUGUGUGCCUGCCAGGUGCGGGCAACAGGCAAGAUGUACGCCUGCAAAAAGCUGGAGAAGAAGCGGAUCAAGAAGCGGAAAGGGGAGGCCAUGGCGCUCAACGAGAAGCAGAUCCUGGAGAAAGUGAACAGUAGGUUUGUAGUGAGCCUGGCCUACGCCUAUGAGACCAAGGAUGCACUGUGCCUGGUGCUGACACUGAUGAAUGGAGGUGACCUCAAGUUCCACAUCUACCACAUGGGGCAGGCUGGCUUCCCUGAAGCACGUGCCGUCUUCUACGCUGCUGAGAUCUGCUGCGGCCUGGAGGACCUGCACCGGGAGCGCAUUGUGUACAGGGACCUGAAGCCAGAGAACAUCCUGCUGGAUGACCACGGCCACAUCCGCAUCUCUGACCUGGGCCUGGCUGUGCAUGUGCCCGAGGGCCAGACCAUCAAAGGCCGUGUAGGCACCGUGGGCUACAUGGCUCCAGAGGUGGUGAAGAAUGAGCGGUACACGUUCAGCCCUGACUGGUGGGCGCUAGGCUGUCUCCUGUAUGAGAUGAUCGCAGGCCAGUCACCCUUCCAGCAGAGGAAAAAGAAGAUCAAGCGGGAGGAGGUGGAGCGGCUGGUGAAGGAGGUGCCCGAGGAAUAUUCUGAGCGCUUUUCCCCACAGGCCCGCUCCCUCUGCUCCCAGCUCCUCUGUAAGGACCCUGCUGAACGCCUAGGGUGUCGUGGGGGCAGUGCCCGCGAGGUGAAGGAGCACCCCCUAUUCAAGAAGCUGAACUUCAAGCGGCUGGGAGCUGGCAUGCUGGAGCCACCCUUCAAGCCCGACCCCCAGGCCAUUUAUUGUAAGGACGUCCUGGACAUUGAGCAGUUCUCCACAGUUAAGGGUGUAGAGCUGGAGCCCGCGGACCAGGACUUCUACCAGAAGUUUGCCACAGGCAGCGUACCCAUUCCCUGGCAGAAUGAGAUGGUGGAGACUGAGUGUUUCCAGGAGCUGAAUGUGUUCGGGCUGGAUGGCUCGGUUCCCCCAGACCUGGACUGGAAGGGCCAGCCACCUGCGCCCCCCAAGAAGGGACUUCUGCAGAGACUCUUCAGUCGCCAGGAUUGCUGUGGGAACUGCAGCGACAGUGAGGAAGAGCUCCCCACCCGGCUUGAGCUCCCUACCCACCUCGAGCUCCCCACCCGCCUCUAGCCCCGAGCUUGAGGCCCCCUCCUGCGGUUGGCGGUAGCAGCUACUCCAAGUGCUGUUUACAGUUUUGCACAGUGGUCUUCCCCAUUGUCCACUCAAGUUGUGGCCUGGGGAACACAGCCGGAGCUGUCCCCAGUGUCCUCUGCCCCUCAGCCCGUGGCCUGGCUGAGUUUGGCAAGGCCUGGGCCAUCCUUGGGACAAAGGUGCGUCCCUUCAGCUCUUCUCUGUGGAGCUCGGGGCUUUCUGUAUUUAUGUAUUUGUACGAAUGUAUAUAGCAACCAGAGCAUUCUUAAUUCCCACCCUAGACCUGGCACCCUGGCCUCAGCUCCCAGGCAGCCAGCCCUGGCUGGGAGAGCCGGGAGCUGGCAGAGGAACCACUGCCAAACUCGAGGCGCCUCAGGUCCAGCUCAGAAAGGCAAAGGCUGGGCCGGGCCAGACUCCUGAGCCCCCAGCACUGUGCUGGCUGCUGCUGACCUCCGAGUGAGACUUGUGCCUGCCCCUGCUGUCCGGGGAUCAGGCUACCACCUUCUGGGGCCCAAUCCUGUCUCUUCUCAGUGCUUGUCAGAGUGGGAUCUGGAGCCUCUGUGUCCCCUAGGCCUGUGCCAAAGUGUGACCAGAGAUUGGGCUGAUUGUGGGACCCAUCAGUCCACAGCCCAGGCUAUUCCAGAUGAGUCUGCCUCUGCUUUCCAGCCCCAGGGGCACCUUGUCUCUUAUGCUGGGCUUUGUCCUGAAGACACGUCUUUCAGAAAAUCCUGGCCCAGGCCAUAGGAGGGGGUGGGGGUACUCCCGGUAACCCUCAAACAUUCCAGACUCCCCUCAUAACAAUAGACACACGUGCCCAGCAAUAAUUCGCCCCAACCUGUGUGUGUCUGUGGGGCGUGUGUGUCUGUGCGCGUGUGUGUAUCUGUGUGUGUGCAAAGGGGGUAGGGUGAGGCUGUGCCUGUGCCCCAGGCCCCAGCCCUGGCCCUUCCUAGACUGUGAUGACCAUCCUGGUCCCAGUGUUAGGGACCGUGGGAUUAGGGUCCUGAUUUUUCCAUAUUUAAAGCCAAUUUUUAUUACUCAUUUUGUCCAGUGUAAGCUGCCACGUGUCUCUGUGAAUACAGUCCGAGCACAAACCUGGC